GCCAGCAGCGUCAGCAGCGUCAGCAACAGCGUCGGUGGCAACAGGAGGAGCUGUAAGGAGCGCAGCGUCAUUGUCGUCGUUGUCGGUCAUUCCACAGAUUGCAGUGCGCGGCUUCGCUGACAUCCCAAUGAGCGCGUGUCAGUUAAGGCGGACUGUUGCAAGGUGCGGAUGCGCGCACCGGCAACCGAGAUGCGGGUGUGGAUUGAGAACACAUUACAGGCAAGUGAGGUGUCAGUCUUCAUCGCCGGAAAGCAGCUUUGCAGCUGAUGUCUCUGGGAGCAGCAGCAGCAGCAGCAGCAGCAGCAGUAGCGACGAGGCAUUCGAUCACGGCGAUGGCGCGGGUGAGGAUGGCGGCGAAGUCGAGGCCGACGACGGGGUUGCGCGUGAAUAUGUGACACAAGGCACACUCUUUGAGCAGCUGUGUGGUGACAUGCUGGAAGAAAUGGGUGCAAGCAUCUCACUGGUAGGCGGUAGAUCGGAUGGUGGCAUCGACAUUUCAGGAUCGUUUCCGGCGUCGAUGAUGCGGGACCAGGCGCGACAUCAGCAACAACAACAAGCAGUUGUGGACCAAGCAAACACCAUCCUCGACUUUGUUGCUCAGUGCAAGUCGUCCAAGCGGAAGGUCGGUGUACAGCUGCUGCGGGAGUUUGAAGGCGUUCUUGCACGCCAGCGACCAGGCACCAUCGGCCUCUACUUUGUCUCGCAGGGGUACACCAUUGGCGCAACAAACCAUGCUGCCACCUCCCGCCACCCGCUCGCCCUUUGGACUGUCACUGAUGGGCUGGCCAAGGUGUGGCAGAACCCAGCGCUGCGUAAGCGACGACUGCGAUUGCGCCCGCCGCAGACCGUCAUCAUGUCGUUUUGUCCAUCCGCUCGCACACGUGCGCACCGCCCGCUGUAGCCAUCCAGGGGAGGGGGGGCGUUGCGUGUGUUUGUGUCUGUGUUUGUGUGUGUGUGUGUCUGUGUGUCUGUGUGUCUGUGUGUC